AUUGGGAGAAUCGUGGGUAAUUUCCAACAUGGCAGCCUCCGACGGUCAGCCGAAUUUGUCUCAACUUUUUUCCGAUCUAAAUCGAGCUGGACAAGCCGGAGACUUCAACAAGGCUCUGAAAAUUGCAACGAAGAUACUGAAGCAGGACCCUCACGAUGAGAAGGCGUAUCACUGUAAGGUGGUCAGCAUGAUCCAGCUCGGACAGUUCAACGAGGUCAUCAGGUUCAUGGGCGGAAACUACAAGCUGUCCGACCCCCUGAAGUUUGAGCGAGCCUAUUGUCUGUAUCGUCUGAACCGGACUCAGGAAGCUCUAGAGGUCAUCAAGAAGAUUCCUGAGCCUGACCUCAGGAUUAAGGAACUUCUGGGACAAGUGCUGUACCGUCUGGAGCAGCAUGACGAGUGCCUGGAGCUGUACAGGGACCUCAUCAGGAAUUCACAGGAUGAGUUUGAUGAGGAGAGAGAGACUAACCUGGCUGCUGUGGUGGCUGCUGCUCAGAUGUGGGGAGGCAAGCAGCUGGAGGAUUAUGGUCUACGGGAGUCCACCUAUGAGCUGUCGUACAACGCAGCCUGUACUCAGCUGUCUAAGGGGGACGUAAAAGGGGCUGAGAAAAAACUGCAGAAAGCAGAAGAGCUCUGCAGGCAAAACCUGGAGGAGGACCCAGAAGUGACUGAAGAGGACAUCGAAGCAGAGCUGGGAGUUUUGAAAACCCAGCGAGCGUACUGCCUACAGCUGCAGGGACAGAAUGAAGAGGCCACCAAAAUUUACAACCAGGUUUUGAAGUCCAGACCAACAGAUGUGGGCCUUAUAGCAGUGGCAUCCAAUAACAUCAUCUCUCUCAACAAGGACCAGAAUGUCUUUGACUCGAAGAAGAAGAUAAAGUCAGCCACAGCAGAAGGAGUGGACCAGAAGCUGACUAAGCAGCAGCUGAGAGACAUCGCCUUCAACAAGUGUCUGUUACAGAUGUACACCAACCAGAACGAGGCGUGUAGGAGGCUGGCUAAGUCCCUUCAGGAGGAGUACCCAGACCAGGACAUGCCCCUACUCAUCCAGGCUGCCCAGCUCUGCAGGGAGAAACACAGACAGAAGGCUGUGGAACUGCUCAGUGAUCACAUCAACAACCGGCCUGAUCCCAGCAUCACCAUGAAGCUAACCCUAGCUCAGCUGCACUUAAACCAAGGAAAUGCUGGGCAGGCAGCCAAGGUUCUGCAGUCUGUGGGGGAACUGAGAUAUAAACCUAACAUGGUGUCGACCCUGGUGAACCUGUACACCAGCAUGGAGAACAUAGAGGGCGCUUCUGAGGUGCUGGACACGACCGUCAACUGGUACAAGGAAAAUGAUCCCUCCUCCCCAUACCUAGCUCAGCUGAUGAGAGCCAGCUCCCAGUUCAAACUCAAACAUGGCCAGGCACAGAAGGCCACUGAGAUACUGGAGGAGCUCAGGAGCAUGUACCCUGACGAUGUGAAGACCAUAGCCCAGCUGAUUUCUGCUUACUCCCAGUGUGACCCUAAGAAGGGAGAGCAAAUAAGCAAAGAGCUGCCUCCACUAGACCCUAGUUUCUUCUCAGGAGUAGACAUCGAGGCGCUGGAGAAGGCAGCCAUGACCAUGGGGACACGCAAGAAGGCGGCUAAAGCUGCGGCUGGGACAACGGGCGGAGAGAAGGCAGACACACCUGUGGAGGAAACCAAGGAUUCUGUCAUUGUGCAGAAGAAAAAGAGGAGAAAAAAGAAAGGAAAACUUCCCAAGAACUAUGACCCUAGUGUGACCCCUGACCCCGAGAGGUGGCUUCCCAUCAGGGACAGGUCAUACUUCAAAGGUCGUAGGAAGAGGAAACAAAAGGACGGAGUCGGGAAAGGAACACAAGGAGCCACUGCAGGAGGCACAUCUGACUUGGACGCCAGCAAACCCCAGGUUACCCCAAGUUCUCCCAGGGCAGGGGCAAGUGGGACGUCCCAGAGUCCCCCCGCCGCAGCCAGUGGUACAGCCCAGCCUGAGAUGGUCGGCCCCAGGCAACAGAAACCACAAGCCUCUAGCAAGAAGUCAAAGAAAAAGAAGGGAGGUGGUAAAAAUAAAUGGUAACGGUACUGGCAUGGCUCCUGAUAGCAAAAUUAGGUAAUUUCACUCAUUUUAAAACAAAAAUGUUAAUGUCUGUAACAAUCAGACUGGAGAAAAGAAAGGUUGAUACAGAUAACAACUAGAAAUAUCUUUGGGCUUUAGUAUAUUUCACCUGCAAAAAUAUAAUGAUAAAGUACAAGUUCUAAUGCAACAAAUUCAUACUUUUCUUUAGUUUUCAAUCUUUUUUAGAUACAAUUUACAAAUAAUAAGAUCGAUCAUAUUACAUGUGUAAAUGGCCUGGAGGUCAGUGAGCCUUUUUUCUCCAAGCUAAAAGUGGUAUGAAAAUCACCUGUGCAUGUAUCCUAGCAUACAACACAUCUCCUAGCAACAUUAACUUGGUCACUAACUCUUGUGAUAAAACAAUUUGUCUUAAUCUUUUUCCCUCCUUUGGUUUAGAACCAGUCAAUACAACUGGUGUGGUCUCUGUUAAUACUUUUGUCCUGGUUAAGGUCAAUAUGUUGCUGGGGUUUAAUAAGCCUGAAUAUUGCAGAUAACGUUACAUGUCAAAAGAUUGUAUGGAGAAACGACAAAGUAAAAUAUGCAGUGAUAAUAGAUUCUUUAUUGACAAUAUAAUACAGUGCACGAUCACUAAUACCAAACUCAAAUGCUUUCACAAAAUCCUAUCAGUUAUUAUGUAUCAUGAUUUAUAAAAGGUACCAAGUAGACAAAAUAUUUUGAUAUUUGAUAAUUAUAUCUUUAUGUUAAUCUCUUUUCUCUCCAAAGCUUAAUAAUUCCCAUAACAUUGCCCCAUGUACUGUUUCCUUUUCUCAGCUCAAAUCUGCAAUGAGCAGCAUUCAAUAAAGGCACGAGAUAACCAUA